AUGUCCCAGAUCCGGGGCAAGGCUGUGUCAGGCCUCGCCAGACUCUCUCGCUCAGGCUCUUCUCCAGCCCAAUGGCUUAACGCAGCAGCACAUGGAAUCCGCCGUUACUCUGCGGCUGCCGUCAGCGGUGCUCCUUUGCCCCUCGAGGGCUAUCGUGUGCUGGACAUGACCCGAGUCUUGGCUGGUCCAUACUGCACCCAAAUUCUCGGAGAUCUUGGCGCUGAAGUCAUCAAAAUCGAGCAUCCAACGCGGGGAGACGACACCCGAGCAUGGGGUCCUCCAUAUGCAAAGUACAAGCCGGACUCUGGACGAGAAGGCCCCGGUGAAUCUGCUUACUUUCUAGGGGCAAAUCGCAAUAAGAAAUCUCUUGGACUAUCAUUUCAGCACCAGGGCGGAGUGGACAUCUUGCAUAAGCUAGCAGCAAAAUGCGACAUCCUGGUUGAGAACUACCUCCCGGGCACGCUGAAGAAGUACUCAAUGGACUAUGACAGCCUGCGAAAGAUUAACCCAGGGCUCAUCUACGCUUCCAUUACGGGCUACGGCCAGACAGGCCCUUAUUCAAGCCGAGCUGGCUACGACGUCAUGGUCGAGGCUGAAUUUGGCCUCAUGCACAUCACAGGCUCGCGAGAUGGCCCGCCAGUCAAGGUGGGCGUGGCUGUUACUGAUCUGACCACGGGGCUCUACACUAGCAACAGCAUCAUGGCCGCACUCUUAUCAAGGGCCAGGACUGGCAAGGGCCAACAUAUUGACGUGGCGCUGAGUGAUUGUCAGACGGCCACCUUGGCCAAUAUUGCAAGCAGCAGUCUGAUAAGUGGCAAAAAGGACAGUGGCAGAUGGGGCACUGCUCAUCCUUCCAUCGUCCCAUACAGAGCGUUCAAGACAAAGGACGGAGACAUUCUCAUUGGCGGUGGCAACGACCGGCUGUUUGGCGUCCUCUGUGACGGCAUAGGCAAGCCGCAUUGGAAGGACGACGCCAAAUUCAAAACAAAUGCUGAUAGAGUCGCGCAUCGAAACGAACUAGAGGCCGAAAUCGAAGCCAUCACGCAACAAAGAACAACGCAGGAGUGGCUCGAGGUAUUUGAGGGCUCAGGAAUGCCCUACGCCGCCAUCAACGACGUUCAGGGGACGCUCAACCACAGCCACACCAAGGCCCGUGACAUGGUCAUUGAGAUUGACCAUGAAUACUGCGGACCAAUCAAAAUGGUCAACACGCCCGUCAAAUGGUCAGAAACCCAGCCCAUUGUCAGGACUCCUCCUCCGGUGCUGGGCCAGCACACAGACGAGAUUCUCAGCGAGCAUCUUGGGUUGAGUGAGUCGGAUAUUGCUGCACUCAAGGAUCAGGGAGUGGUGCGAUGA